AUGCCAGAAACUAGGCUGUGCAAACAAUCGAAGCCCCAUCAACAGGAUGCAAGCAAUGAUGAAAAUAUUCCUAUGUCAUCACACUCUUGGCUGUGGAAGAAAAAAAGGAAUUCCAUCUUUCCUACAGUUGAGAGCAAAAGUGAAAGCAAAACAGGGGCCUGGAUACAAACAGAUUUCCCAUCAAGUUCCCAAGUAUCUGAAGAGGGCUUGAGAAAUAACGUGGAGUCCAAAUCACAAUCAAAUAUCAUCUCAUGGAUUUCCUUGCCUGGAACUGUUACUGAUGUUAUAGAGGAGAUACAAGCUCAUCCAACAAAAAAUGCAGCCAUGGAGGAAGAAAUUGGACAGGGUGAAACUUUCUCAAAUGAGAACAAGAGUUUUGACAAUAGUAAGACUUCUUUUGCAAAACGUCUCAAUGAAAAUGAAGAAAACCAAAAGGAAGCAGAGGAAGGUUAUCCAUGUUCUCCUGGACGGUUGUUUCCUGAUGUUCAGAUGGAUGGAUGCCAAUCCAAAGAAGAGUUAUUUUAUAUUCCCUAUAGGUCAGCUAAAUUAUACAUUACCAAGCUUGCAAAAGACAUGCACCAGAUGAAAAUCAGAUACGUGAAAGUUAUCAAAGAGCUGGAGCAUUUUGGAAAAGAAAGUCAGAAGCAAGCCGUAAUGGCAGUGAGAAACCAAUACAGUGACAAAAUAAAGCACCUGAGAUCUUCUCUGGAAGCUUAUCAAGAAAUGGUAGGAAAAGAAAAGAAAAGCUGGCAAGACACAAGAAAGAGAUUGGAAGAAGAAAACAGGAAGUUGAGACAAGAAAAGGAGGAGCUCAUGAACCAGAUCCAAGUACAAGACAUGAAUGCAGACAAAGAAAAGUCUUGGCUCCUAAAAAGCAUUAUGCAGAAGCUACAUUGUCUGUAUACUCAGCAUAAUUUAACUAUCAAGGAACUUCGUAGAAGUAGAUGGGACCUUGAAAAUGUGCAGAAAAUGGUAACUGAAAAUAGAGAAACAGAAAUGAAUGCAAGAGAAAUUAAAUCUGACACCAUAACACAGAAUGGACAUGGUUCCUUUGUGGUGGAUAUAGAAGAAGCACAAGAUUAUUUACCAGAAAAGAAAUUUCUGUUGGAAGUUAAAACCAAUCUGGAACAGAUCAGGUCAUCCUUGCAGAAACGAGAGACAGAGCUCAAGGAUCUUCUACAAACUGAACAUUGGUGCAACCCUCAAAUUACAGAAACAGAAAUGAUUCAAUGAGUGGAGAAAGGUCAGUAUGGAUGGGCAACUGAGGGGAGGCUGGUCCCAGAGGUGGAAAUGACAAAACAGGCAUCAUGUGUUGCCUUGAUUUGUAUAUUU